GUUAAGAGCGUUACAGGACAUGUCUGGUGACGUAUCCGUGCUAGAAGUGGUAACCGUCGUCGGAAGAGCGGUGUGCGCAGGCGCGGCGCUGACAGCCGCACUCUACCUGAUCCGCAGAGUGUGUUCAAUAAUGGCCUGGAAAUCAGGAGGAGCGAGCCAUGCAGAGCUCGUCAACAACCUCCGCAAGAAUGGGAUCAUUAAAUCGGACCGUGUAUAUGAAGUUAUGUUGGCCACAGACCGCGCCCAUUUCUCCAGAUGUAAUCCAUACAUGGACUCGCCACAAUCUAUAGGUUACCAAGCAACAAUCAGUGCACCACAUAUGCACGCAUAUGCUCUAGAGCUCCUCCAUGAUCACCUGUAUGAAGGAGCAAAGGCUCUGGAUGUGGGAUCAGGCUCCGGUAUCCUGUCCGUCUGCUUCGCCAGAAUGGUUGGGCCGAGGGGGAAGGUGAUUGGCAUUGAUCACAUAAAGGAGCUGGUGGAAGAUUCUGUAACUAAUGUAAAGAAGGACGACCCUAGUUUGAUCUCUUCAGGGAGAAUCAGACUCAUUGUUGGAGAUGGAAGAAUGGGCUUUCCAGAAGAAGCACCUUAUGACGCCAUACAUGUCGGAGCUGCAGCUCCCACAGUGCCACAAGCAUUGUUGGACCAGCUAAAGCCAGGUGGCCGUCUCAUUCUGCCCGUCGGCCCAGCUGGAGGAAAUCAGAUGUUGGAGCAGUAUGACAAAUUGGAGGAUGGCAGUACCAAAAUGAAACCACUGAUGGGCGUGAUUUACGUGCCUUUAACAGACAAAGACAAGCAGUGGUCAAGGUGGAAGUGAUUUCCUGUCCUCUGUCCCCUCUCUCUUCUAGGGCACAGGGAUGAACUUUGAAAGGACGAUCUGGCAAUACUCAUCGCACCACAUGCACGCACACACACAUACACACACACACAAACAUCCAAAUGGACUUCACUGAGGAGAGCUUGUAUAAAUGCUCUAUUUCCAUACCCGUGACAGUCUGAUGGUCGUGAAAGAUGGAUUUAUCGAUCAGAUUCUUUUAUUUAAAAAGGAAAAAAGUGGAAUUGGGCUUUGUGCUGAGAUUUUCAUGCCUGCAGUUUGAGAAUUGCGUGAAUGCUUUUUUUUUCUUUUUCUUUUCGUUUUUCUUUUUUGAUGUGCAGGUGCUUAUUCUUGUGAUGACUUCAGUAUUACAGUCAAUUGGAUUGUUCAUGCAUCUCAGCGUAUUGUAAACACAACACAGGGUCGGCCUUUGUGCUGAAUCCAGCCUGUUAUUAAAACAUAAUUCACUGCUACAUAAUGUGUAGGGAUCUCUUUGCUCUACAAAUUCAUUUUAAUAGUAGCGGCUUGUGUUUUCAGCUGAAGCAUGUGCUGCCCAGGCAGAAUAAACCACUGUGCACUGGAUAAUUCUAAAGAUUCUAGAGUAAAGCAAUAUGCCAUGAGAGGUCAUGUGUUUGAAUGAUUUAGAAGGGAUGUUCUUAGGUCUGAUUCAAAGCAAACCUCUUUAACCGUGGUCUCGAAUGGCUUCGUGUGGGUAAUAUGCAGUCAGCUGGCAGAACUAUUAUUCCUGGAUGAUUGCUUACCAAAUAAAUGGACAAAGUAUUGAAAAGUUGAAAUUACUUUAAUUAGUGAGAAGUGCAGAACAUGAGAAAUUGGUUGUCUGGGUCAAUUAUUCACUAAAAUAUGUACAAACCACAGAAUGCUGCCAUUAACCAAUCACAUUCGGGUAUUCCAGAGAACGGAAUGUACAAAUUGUUUAUAGAGGCAGCAACAGCAAUAUUGUAAGAGACACCAAUGUACAUUUAUUAAUUAUAACAAUGUAAAAAGAAAAUAAACUCUUCUGGCAAGUAAUAUAAUCCAUUAGCUCAAAAUAUUAAGCUGUUUACGCUUGCCAAACAGCAACAUUAAUAUAGACUGGUCAGCUACAGGUGUGCGUUUAUGGGAAUUUUGCAGCGGGUGUUUGUAAAAAAUAUUCCAAUCAGACUUUGCAGUCUGAACUAGUUUACAUGUAUGAAUUUAAAAUUUAGAAAUCAACUUCAGAGUGAAAAGGGGUAGUUCACCCGAAAUAACUAUUUUGUCAUCAUUUACUCGUGUCGUUUCUGCCCCGUAAUAUUUUCUGUUCUGUGAAACACAAAAGGAGACGCUUUUCCACAUUAUGAAAGUGGAUGAUGUUUUAUACUGUUAAGAUUCUUGUUAAAUUCAACAUUGCAGCCUUAAAUCAUACCAAAUUUGAUGUUGUUGGCCCCAAACAACAUUGGUUCUCAUGCUCUUGGCAAGUAUAAUAAAUGUGAGACUUGAGAGCUGUGGCAGAAGGGGAAGGUAACAUUUUUUGAAGACUUGGAUUAUAGUGCAUUAUUUGUAUGGACUGCUUUUGUGGUACUUUUUCAGGGUUUCUGCCAGUUUUAUGAAGGCCAAUUUUAAGACCAAGUAGAGAAAACAAUACAUCAAUAUGUUCCCCAAAUGUAAAUGUCAAUGAGUUCUAUUAGCAACACUUCAGAGUUUGAAAAUACAACUUCCAACAGAUAUUAGCUACUUUUUAAUUCAUUUUACAAAGCGAAAGUAGCUUCAAUCACUCUGCUCCCAACCACUAGAAUAUAUAUUUUACUGUACCUUCUGAUCAAACAAAAAAGUGGUGUUUUUCCUUAGUAUUUUUGUCGUUUUCCAGUGCAACUGUAUAACGAUUCUUAAAUGCAGAUACAUUUACUUGAAAUGCAAAAUGACAAAAUAUAGUGUUGUUUUCUGUGAAAUUAAAACAAGAACAAAUAUCUGCCAAUUUGCUCAGAAAAAUACAUUUUUCGUAACUCAUUGACUCAUUGUUCCUGUUGUGUAAGACUUAAUUUUACAUUUGCAUCUCAAGUAAAUGCAGUGCAUGCAACAUUUAAUGCCAUAACUUUAUGAAUUCAAGACCCGCAGAAACCCUGUUUGUCCUUUGAGCUCGCCAGCAAAAAUCACCAUAUGGAAAACAGAAGCUUGCACAUUCUGCCAAACAUCUCAUUGUGAAUUUCACAGAUGCAAGAAAAUCACACAGGCUUGGAAUGAUAUGAGCAGAGUUGGGUCACAAGUGUAGCAAUGCUUACUGCUCACUCUUAUGAAAUGCGUUUCACAUCACUGCAGAACUCAAAAUAAGCUUGUCUCUAUUAUCUAACGUGUGAAGCAAGUAAAGUACCAUUCAGAUCCACACUUGCAUACAGGAUUGAGCUAAACCUUCAGUGGUCGCUUUGAUUGUAAGCGGUUUUCAAUGCCAAUUCUCUGUGCAUGUUUGUGUGUUACCUGCACGCACAAACGGCUUUUAAUGAAUAAACUCACUGCUAAGCAAUGA